AUGGUAAGAAGGAUUACACCCUGUCGUAAAAAAACUUAUGUUCAGGAACCAAACAAAAGGCCUCGGAUUAGUGGAGCUAAGGAAAACAAAAAUGGAAACUGGAAAUCGGAAAUAUCUUUGGGUACAUGGAACGUUGGCACAUUAUACAGCACUGGAGCGGCACAUACAGUGACGCAAGAAAUAGGGAGGUAUAAACUUAAAAUCGUAGCAAUCCAAGAAAUUAGAUGGCAAGGAGGAGGAUCCUUAGACAUUAAUAAUUAUACCAUUUUCUAUUGGGAUUGUGACGAUCGACGACAAUUUAGUACGGGUUUCGUAGUUCAUAAGUCAAUAGUACCCAACGUAAUGGAAUUUAAGACAUUUAACCCAAGAAUAUCGCUAUUAACAAUUAAAACAUACUGGUGUAAUCUCACAAUAAUUAGUGUUCAUGCACCUACUGAGGAAAAGACCCAAGAAGAAAAGGACGACUUCUAUGAUGAAUUAACGAACGUAGUAGAUGGAAUACCUAAUAACAGAAUAGUGGUCAUAUUAGGAGACCUAAAUGCAAAAGUAGGAAAAGAAUUAAUAUUUAAACCAACUAUUAGCCACCGUAGCUUGCAUGAAGUAACUAACAAUAAUGGACUCAACCUAAUCGACUUUGCAACGAGCAAAGGCUUAGUGAUCAAGAGCACAAUGUUUUCCAAUAAAAAGAUCCAUAAGGGAACCUUGAAGUCACCAGAUGGGAAUCAUACGAAUCAAAUUGACCAUGUACUAGUUAAUGACAGGUUCAAAAACAGUAUUACGGAUGUUAAAACGAUGCGAGGAGCGGACUGUGACUCUGACCACUAUUUGGUUAAGGUAAACAUUAAAGCAAGACUGAAGGUAAGGGUGGUAAUAAGAGUAACGAUUGAAGUAUGCCAAAAACGUUUUAAAAGUGAGAUACACAAACGCAGAAUCAAAAAAACCAAAAAAAAANCACGUCGACUAACAGGCCGUCGGACUGUCCGCCGCAGGGCAUCGAUGAAACCGAUUUUAUCACAUAAUCGGACUCGGACGUUGGCCGCAUUAAAACACUUUUUACUUGGUUGCGGGUCCUGGCGACGACGGUCGAUCCGUCCGCGUAGAUCGUCCUGUACUCGCCCUUCACGUCGUAAAAAUCGUGUGCGUAUUCGGGCGACGAUCGCAUUACGGAAUAAUACAGUUGCGAGAAUACGGAACCGAUACGAUCCGCGUACUCGGUGUACGACAACGGGUCUUGAUUAGCUGUUGUAACGGUUCUGGAAUUGUCAUUGCUCUCGCAUGUCGGGUCUGCAACUUCACUGCCGUUUUCCAUUUUGAAUGAAAUCACUAAUGAUAAGCAGGUGCGAAAAGUAUAGGAAAUAUUGUAAUUAAUAUUUAAAAAUAUUUUUCUUUUUGCAACUGCCUUUGUUAUUAACGGGAGAAUGAAUGUUUUGGUAGGUUCUGAUACAUUAAAACUAUAACAACACGGUUGUUGUUGGUUAGUAACGAAAAUAAAAUUAGCAGAUUGUUUUUGUAUUGGCCACGUCGCACCGCCGUUUUUAAUUGGUAAUUUAAAGGCCAGAUCCUAAAAAAAAAAAAAUUAAACAAUCUCUAAUCAAUAUGUCAAUUAUUUUCAGCUAUCUUGGCUAAAAUGUAUGCAUUUCGAUAUUCAAUUACUUUUAUCUCUUAUAUUUCUUUUGCCGUUAGGUGUAAACAUCUUGGAUGAUCUUCCCCCUCAAUUCACUAAAUAUUCUUAAUAUUUAGUGACGAGACCGAGAAGACUCAUAAAUUCCGUGAAAACUGGUUAACUAUGUCAUAAACUCUUUGCACUCGACAUUAUACGGGUAUAUAUUUAUCAAUCAAAUAACGGGGGGGGGGCGGUUAAGUUAGGUUAGGUUUUUUCGAUCACUGGCAGUUAACAAAAUGAAAAGAUCAAUUUUUUUUUUUUAUGUAAUCGCUGUAUUUUAUUCGUUGUUUGUGUUCAGUGUAAUAACAAGUCAUUCUAUGGGAAAAGCCUGGCCCAAUAUAAAACUGUUUCGGUCAAUAUGUUACACAAUCAUCACCGUACGUACCAUUCGUUCUUCGACGUUCAUACGGAAAUACGGAUAUUUCGUCCUGGUUGUAUCGACGGCGUUUUGUUAAAAGAGCGUCUAUCAAAUUUUACCUUUUGUUCCGGAAGUAAAGAAACAGCAAAACAGUAUCUAAUGAUGCCUAUCACCGAAAACAAUAAAACUACUCGCAGUCAUAUAUAUAAUAAUACCUUGUUCACAAAGUGUACCCGCGUAGAAUGUGCAGUUAUGCGCCUUUUUAACAAUUCAAUGUUGAUUUAGUUAUAUUUUAAAAUGGCGUCCGGAUAAUUGCCGUUAGGGUUUCCAGUUUUAGUGGGGUUCCCAAAAUCCUUAAAUUAUUUAACUUGUUAUGAACAAAAAAAAAAAAAAUCAACAAAUCAACAAAGCAUUAUAAAUUUAUUGACUUUUUUUUUGUAUUAUGGUAGGGUGGGGGUGGCGAUGUGGCGCCAUCGACCCGAGGCGGUAAACUUGUAUUUUUGAGAGGCUUGUAUACAAUAGGCGGUUUUAUUUUGUUUUACCCAUCACCAAAUUAAUGCCCAGAAGUGUAAGAUUUCUUAACAAUGCCCAAGGGCGGCGAAACUAUAAAUACCUCCGCUAGUAUUUUUAAAAAAAUGAAAAAAGCAAAAUAAAAACAAACAUUUAUUUUUUUAUUUUUAAAUAUAAAUAGUACUAAAACAAAAUAUAUUUUAAAAUAAAUGAGAAAUGGCGUUUUUUUUGCCUAUAAAGAAUUUAAUAAUAGUCAAAAAUAUUAGAAAAUAAAAUGUUGCACAGUAUACGAGUAGGUAUAGAUAUUUCUUCAUUUUUAAUAAAAAAUCCCGAAAGUGUUUUGUCUCACUUGGGUCUUUUAAUAAUAUUGUUAACGAUAUCGUCAAUGUUUAUUUUUUCUUUUUUAGCGCAUGUAAUACCGCUGCAUCGUCAAAACGUAUUUACGUCGUUGUUGGCCUAACGAACGUUUUUGAACGUCGAGGAGCAGAAAAAGAACGCUCUGCUGUACACGAUGAAACCGGUGUGGUUAACAUGAUUUUAAUUGAUUUCAUCACUUCCGGUAACAAACACUGUAAAUACACAACUCUCGUUUCAAAAAAUCAAUUGCGUUAG